ACCAAAGCUUCCCCAGAAGGUUGCAUCGUCUCAGGAUCGCCAUUUUAUGUGUUUGGCUCUGAGACUGGGACGGUGGGUGCGUGCGGUGCAAACUACAGAGCGUAUUCCGUGUAUUAUCUGCAAGAUGUUACCUAAAUACUUUGCUCCCGACAUGUACAAGUAACGACAGGUGUCGGAGUGUGUGAUCGGGCAGCGAAGGCUCGGGCCGAAAUGGUCCCGGAAUAGUGAGCUGUGCGUGAGUGUGUUUUCAUCGAGUAAGUGCGUCGCACACUGGCUUUUCACUGCUGUCACCGUUUGUUAAAUACCUGUGCCAUUCGAAAAGUCGGCUUUGGGUCAAAUUACGGACGGCCUCUGGAUUCCUUGCGACACCCUCGCCAGCAUCUACGAUGAGUUCGCGCAACAUACCCUCAGACAAGAUAAAUCUACGCCUCAUUCUUGUCAGUGGUAAGACAAAAGAGUUCCUAUUCAGUCCGAGCGACUCUGCGGGGGACAUAGCGCACCAUGUAUUUGAAAACUGGCCGGAAGACUGGGCGGAAGAGGCAGUCGCUAAAGCGGAGAUCCUGCGGUUAAUCUACCAGGGCCGUUUUCUGCACAGCAAUGUCACGCUCGGUGCUCUUGGGCUUCCUUUCGGGAAAACCACGGUGAUGCAUCUGGUCCCACGAGAGAAUCUUCCCGAGCCUAAUUCUCAAGAUCAGAGGCAAAAAAGUAAAGGCGGCAGGAGUAGUUGCUGCUUAGCUUCCUGUUGCAUACUUUAAAGAAAACAUUGGCUGCCCUGGAUAUAUUUUGAGGUCGUUCCGUGUGAGAGUCAGCUCCCACGUUCUUCGAGCUGAGCCAUGGUUUCUAAGGUUUCGAUGCUGGUGUAUCAUUGUUAGUGGCUGAGCCUCGUGAGCAGUGUAGCAAAGCGAAGUUGUCGCACCCUUGUCGCCAAUUCACCUAAAUUAAAGGGAAACAAAAAGAAAAGGAUUUACAUUGGUUUGCCUGCAGCGCAUGUUGAAACGACGAAAAUGUGGUUUACCAUUCCAGGUGAACGAAUUGUAUCAUCAUUGCUACCUUGUAAAAGAAAUUAUAGUGGAAAAUUCCAAAGCCAUAUGUCUAUAACGUCGCGUUUAUUUUUGAAGGAAUUUUAAACGUGACCAGAGUCGAGUAACGUGACUUAUACAAAAGCUAUUCCCUAUUUCAUUCGCUGCUAACCAUAUGCUUGAUAACGAUAUAUUUACACUGAAAAUCUAUUUAUGAAUCAUCUCGCGACAGGAGAUCGUCGAGGAAAGUUUUUAGGGAUAUCGAUAACCUAUUCCGAACGUGGACAGUGGGAUGCCCCAUAACGAGACACCGUUCAGCUCACCACGGUCCAGAAAUCGACAGGAAAUUACGCGACUCGGAGGACAUCGACAGGUCUCCUAGUUGCUUCGUUCUGCAUUUGCAGUCUCCUGUUAAUUAUACCAUGUAAAAAAAGGGAAGAUAUUUCUAGUAAGAUAAAUUCUUCGUCGAAAAAGGUUAGGCUAGCAGAGCCUUUCGAGUAAACAAGGAGCGAAGGGCCGCUCUCUUGAACGGCGCUACACGAUGCUUAGGAACUCAACCACUAUCCUACUAUACAGCAGCGUUAAAUAGUAAUUAUUAUUGUAGACGGGAUCCGUGUGUGUGUGUGUGUUGCGUAUGAAUGAGAGUGUUCCGUUUGAAAGGCGACGGAGAGUGAGGUAGAGAAGAAGAGAGAGAGAGAGAGAGAAAGAGAGAGAGUGAGAGAAAAAGAGAGA